GCGGUUUCUCGGAAGGUGAUGUAAUUCGCCAGACACCUUGCAGACCAAGACGGCGAGGACUCACGACUCAGGUGCGUGGACAAGGAUGGUCGGCAGGACAAGACCGACUUGUCUUAGCUUCUUUCUGACCAACUUGUCUUAGCUUCUUUCUGACCAACUUGUCUUAGCUUCUGACCGACUGGAGUCCCGCGUCCACCGCAGCGAGCAUGAAGAAGCAACACAGUCCCAGCAAGCGGCAGAAAGACUUGCCCCCGGCGGCGUGUUUGGGCGGCGGCGAGGUGAGCGUCCAGCAACUCAAUCAGCUUCUGUCUCACGGCAGCGGCGUCUACAGCCUCCCCAAGCAGCACUGCAACCACGUCUUCCCCAACAUCUACGUCGGAAACGCGUUCGUGGCCCAGAAUGCAAUGCGUCUGCAGAAACUGGGCGUGACCCACGUGCUGAACAUGGCGGAGGGCACCUCCUUCAUGCACGUCAACACCAGCGCCGACUUCUACGCCGGCACCGGCAUCGAGUACCACGGCAUCAAGGCCAACGACACGGAGCACUUUGACCUCAGUGCCUUCUUUGAGGAGGGGGCCGACUUCAUCGACAAGGCGCUCGCACACAACAACGGCAAAGGCAAGGUGUACGUGCACUGCAGAGAAGGCUACAGCCGCUCGCCCACCAUGGUGGUGGCUUACCUCAUGCUGCGCCACAGGAUGGACGUCCGGCAGGCGGUGGCCACCGUGCGACUGAAGCGGGAGAUCGGCCCCAACGACGGCUUCCUGCGCCUGCUGUGCCAACUCAACCAGACGCUGGCCAAGGAGGGCCGGCUGGACGGCGAGACCAGCACCCCGGCUUCUCUCAUUGCGCGCCAUCUGAUGCCCUCUGAUGCCAUCUGAUGCCAUCUGAUGCCCUCUGAUGCCAUCUGAUGCCAUCUGAUGCCCUCUGAUGCCCUCUGAUGCCAUCUGAUGCCCUCUGAUGUCCUCUGAUGCCCUCUGAUGCCCUCUGAUGUCCUCUGAUGCCCUCUGAUGCCAUCUGAUGCCCUCUGAUGCCCUCUGAUGCCCUCUGAUGCCAUCUGAUGCCAUCUGAUGCCCUCUGAUGCCAUCUGAUGCCCUCUUAUGCCAUCUGAUGCCAUCUGAUGCCCUCUGAUGCCAUCUGAUGCCCUCUUAUGCCAUCUGAUGCCAUCUGAUGCCCUCUGAUGCCCUCUGAUGCCCUCUGAUGCCCUCUGAUGCCAUCUGAUGCCCUCUGAUGCCAUCUGAUGCCCUCUGAUGCCAUCUGAUGCCAUCUGAUGCCAUCUGAUGCCAUCUGAUGCCCUCUGAUGCCCUCUGAUGCCAUCUGAUGCCAUCCGAUGCCAUCUGACCUCCCACAGAGCCAAACUACUUCAAGCAUUCCGUCUCGUUGAGAAGUUAAGGUUCCCAGCACAAUCAUUCCCAGAGACGCCACUGCCGCCAGUGACCAGAGGAAUCCCAAAAGUCCAAAUCUACGCCACUCAAUCAACUUUUCUUGGCUCGCUGGCACACGCCAUCUCGCCACCCUGGAGGUCCACAAGGUCGACUUUACAAAUCUCCACUACAGGUCAGGGGUGUCCAAACUUUUUCCACUCAACAAUGAAAGUAUUUUGGGCCAUUUUGUUCUUUUCAUUUUCAAACCCAAUGCAAUAUAUUGAUUUUAUAGCCCGACCACUCAUGAAAAUGUUCAAAAUGAGUCAUUAUUUACAUAUUUAUUAUUAUUUAACGCUAACAUCUCGAGAUCAACUUUAAUUUUAACUUCAGAUCUGUAUGUCAAUAUAAAGUUAAAAAAACAUACUCAUAUGUUUGAUGCCCUUUUUGUCAAUAUAAACCCAGUUUGGUUCUAGCAAAAACACAAUGUGCAAUAUUUCCCCCCAAAAAGUGGAAUAUUUGAUGUGAAUUAAACAGGUCAAUCAUUCAAAAAACAUAAAAACAGAUCCCCGGUCAUAAAAGUGUAAAAAAAAAAAAAAAAAAAAAAAAAAAAGUUAUGCAUUUUUUUUCUUUCAGCUCUUAAAGCCUCACUUUACAACUUUCACUUUUGGUUGAUUUGCCAGAAAAAUACCACAUUUCCCAUGAUGCCUAGCGCAUGUAGCGUCACACUGACAGGAUGUAGUAUUGUCACAGAUAUUCUGCCUCCUGUGGCUGAUAUUAAAAAGCAGACAGUAUCAUGUCAUGGGAUCGUUCUACAAACAUGACGCUACUACCAAGAAUGUACCGGGGCAGAUGCAGGUCCCAAGCAAAGAAGAGUUUUUUUCCAAGGAAGUAGUAGUGGAACGAUCAGGCUGGUGGCUAUUUAUUGCUACCACGCACAUUUCAGAUUGCUAAGAUUAGCAUGAUUUUGAUGUGAGCACAGGAAGUCACUUCCUAGUCCAGCAGGAAGAUCAGCAUCACUCUGAAAUUCCUGUCCUCUCAGCAAUGUUGAUCCUGACUCUAAGCUCUGAUUUUCUUUUUGGUCUCCUCGGACAAAACUUUUCCUUUCUUUGGUUGUUUCGGAGUUUCGGCCAUGAGAGCAGUAGUUAGACGUAGGAGUUUUUCUUCUUUUAGGUUUCUGUCGGCACGCAGGCGGUCCAUCGACCUCCAUCUUUCUAAUGAAAGCAAGUCAGCACAUUUGUAGUUUUUUUGUGUGUCAGGGUUCCUGCCCCCUUCCUCAAAGUGCCAGUAAAAGCCAUACAGACCCCUUCAGGCCAUGAUAAAACUAGUUGUAUCAUCCCAAAAGUUCCAAAAUAUGUUGAAAAAAGUAUUUUAGUGCAGCUUUAAGUCUCCAAUUCAGCUUCAGAAUUAUCCAUCGAUUUUUAAAAAAGAUUACCAUUUUUCAUUUAAAAAAAAAAACACAACUUUAUAUUCUUUAUGGGAUACCCACAAAAACAAUUCAAAUUAGAAUGUUUGAUGUGAAGUAAUUGGAGCCUUGACUAUUUUCAACAAUUCAUAAAAACAUUGAUUUUGACUUAUUAUUUUGUGAGCAAUGACAGUUUUAAAGGUAAAAAAACAAAACGCUUUGUUAUUAAAGUCAACAUGGAAACUUG